AUGGCCCGCACGGUUGACCCUUAUUUGACGGGACCGGAUCUUGUUGUUUCCAAAAAUCUUCUCCAGGACUUGGAAGCACUGGCAACACCUGCUGGACAGGAUCCCGCAGAUGAUGAAAAGGACAUCAAGCAUCUGCUUGCAAUCAAUGACCCGAAGAGUCCUGAAUUCGUACCGACUGUCUUUACAACAUGGGAUGACAAGGAUCUCAAUCCUACAAUCAACAAAUAUCUGGUCAAGCCAUACACGAAAAUUGCCAUGGGGAUUGUCCGCCAUCCGACAGAUGUCGUCUUCUUGACACAUAUUCUUCUGUACAUGACGGUCAACUUGUCAAGUGCUGCCUACCUUUACUACAAUUUCCAUUGGUACCAUGGAGUGGUUCAUACAGUGUACACUGUAUGGUGUGCCGGUGCGUUCACCCUACUCAUGCACAAUCACAUCCACAAUGGAGGUGUUUUGAAGAAGGAAUAUGCAUGGUUUGAUCUUAGCUUCCCUUACCUGCUGGAACCGUUGAUGGGCCACACUUGGGACUCAUACUACUACCACCAUGUCAAGCACCACCAUGUCGAAGGCAAUGGGCCUGAUGAUCUUUCCUCAACAAUUCGCUACCAGCGUGACUCUCCAUUCGACUUUGCGUGCUACGUUGGUCGUUUCCUUCUCUUCAUCUGGGCUGAGCUUCCUUUGUACUUCCUCCGCAAGGGCAAGUCAAGAUUGGCACUCCAGUCAUGCGUUUCAGAGAUGGCCAACUAUGCCUUCUUCUACUUCAUGGCGACAAAAGUACAUUUCGGUGCAUCCAUGUUCGUUCUUCUGCUUCCGUUCGGCAUCAUGCGUCUUGGGCUCAUGAUCGGAAACUGGGGACAACAUGCUCUUGUUGAUGAAGUCGACCCAGACUCGGACUUCAGAAGUAGCAUUACCUUGAUCGAUGUGCCUAGCAACCGCUUCUGCUUCAACGACGGCUACCACACUGCUCAUCACCUCAACCCUCGCCGUCACUGGAGAGAUGCACCCGUCCACUUCCUUCAAAGCAAGGAAGCCUACAGCAAUGGUCGCGCACUUGUCUUCCACAACAUUGACUACAUGAUGCUGACCAUCAGAGUUCUCAAGAAGCAAUACCUAUACUUAGCUGAGAACUGCUUGAUUCCGAUCGGUGAUCAGACGAACAUGUCGAAGCAGGAGCUGGCAGACAUGUUGCGCACCAAAACCAAGGCAUUCACAGAGGAAGAUAUCAGACAAAAGUUCGGCAUCAAGGCCAGGUCAGGCAGGAAGAGUGGUUGGGCAAGCUGGACUGAAAAGAUUGUCGGCGGGUUGUCAGGCUCACUCUCUGCACCAAUGGUCAAGGAAGCAACCGAGUAA